AUGACCGCGCAAGCGAAAGCGGCAGCUGGUCUGUGUCUAUUGUCCAGCUGCAUGAAGCCAGUAUGGAGAGACGCCUCCGGAACUCCAAGCCAGUAUUGCAGCAAAGCGCAUAGAACUCAACACAUCAGUGGGAAUGGCGUUCCAAUCCCGGCGCAAAGCGGAUAUCAACCGACACCCGCAGCGGCACCAGCUGCCCCAUUGAAAAACCCUUGUUUGCACUGCAAGCAACGAGAGCAAUGGCAGACAAGCCCUUUCUGUGGACGCGGAUGCCUCGGCAAAGCUCAGAGCUCGGCACCUUCAUUGAUCGAAAUCCCAAAUACGCAUCCAAAGUUCAAGGAUGUGGCCAAUCAAUUUACCGUCAAGUGGAAUACAGCCUAUGCACCGACUCCGACCGUUCGACACGUUUAUAUGAUCAUGACGAGUGCUGCAAACAUGAAAAAGUUUGAAAAUUAUCGGGAUCGAAUCGAGGCAAAGAACCAUCACAAGUCGAAAGGGAUGGAACCGGGCAAUCAGCAACGGCGAUGGCACGGAACUCGACGCAUGUGCAAGCUCGGCGACCCGGGGAACACUACUCUCUGCACGAAUACAACCUGCGCUUUGUGUAACAUCAUUCGCUCUUCGUUCGAUAUGAAAUACGCCAGUCAAGGUCUAUUCGGCACUGGCAUCUACACCUCGGCUACGCCGUCCAAGAGCGACAGUUACAUUACCUCAACGGGACCGCUGAAGCCCAUCUUGCUCAACAAGGUCAUCGUCGGCAGGGGUUACAACCUCAACACGAUGAACAUCACGCUAACGUCACCACCUGCUGGCUUCGACUCGGUCCUCGGACAACUCGCGAAUGACGAGCUCAUCGUUUAUAAUAACGACGCAAUUCGUCCGGCGUAUCUCAUCAUGUACAACUAG